ACCUCACCUGGCGGGCGGCAUCUGCCAUCUCAACACCGAACCAAAAACAUCAACCACCAUCACCACCGCCCCGUCGAUUUCCAUCCUCCGGACUUCUCCAUACCCCUCCACCCAUCAUGACCUCCAUCGGCACAGGUUACGAUCUCUCCAACUCCGUCUUCAGUCCUGAUGGCCGAAACUUCCAAGUAGAAUACGCUACCAAAGCUGUCGAGAACGGCGGAACUGCUAUCGGCUUGCGUUGUAAGGAUGGUGUAGUUCUCGCUGUUGAGAAGCUUAUUGGAAGCAAGCUACUGGUGCCCGGAAGCAACAAGAGGAUCAGCACUGUCGAUAGGCACAUUGGAAUCGCAUGCUCCGGACUGAUUCCCGACGCCCGUCAUUUCACCUCCCGUGCUCGCAACGAAGCUUUCCAGUGGCGGAAACAGUACCACGGCCCGAUCCCCGUGUCGAGUCUCUCGGACCGGAUGGGACAGUACACCCAGGCGUACACUCUCUACUCGAGUGUUAGGCCCUUUGGUGUGACGGCGAUCAUUGGUGGUGUGGACGAGGAGGGUGGACCGAGCUUGUGGAUGGUCGAGCCUAGUGGAGUUGGCUGGGGCUACUUCGGUGCUGCCACCGGACGUGGGCGUCAGGCGGCCAAGGCUGAACUCGAGAAGCUCGACCUCCCAAACAUCACCGUCGACGAGGGUGUCAAGCACGCCGCCAGAAUCAUCCACGCCGCACACGGCGACAACUCUGGGAAGGAUAAAGACUUCGAGCUGGAGAUGACUUGGAUCCGGGUUGACGAGGCUUCGGCGGUCAAGGGCUUUGGCAAACACGAGGAGGUCCCGAAGGAGCUCAUUGAAGAGGCUGAGAAGGAGGCGAAGAAGGCUUUGGAGGGUGACGACGAUGAUGAGAAAAUGGAAGAGAGCUAGAUUGUGGAUGUUUCUUCGAAGUCCGUGCAUUAACGGCUGCGAGGAGCCAUCUACGGAAUGGCAAUGUCUUUGAAUUCAAUCGUCCACUUAUCGGAGCAUGUGGCGUCACUCGUGGAAAUGCCGGGCAUAACAUGCUUCCCAUGUAGGGUGCGGAAAAUGUGAUACUACAUCCCA